AUGUCCAGCGCCGAGAAAUCAAAUGACAAGCUUGAGGCGCAGAUCAAGUCUGCGGACAUGACGGAUGAUAUGCAACAGGAGGCUAUUGACGUGGCUCAAGAAGCCAUGAACAAGUACACCGUGGAGAAGGACAUCGCUAUGCACAUCAAGAAGAACUUUGAUGAGCGCAAGGGACCUACCUGGCACUGCAUCGUAGGCCGCAACUUUGGCUCGUUCGUUACCCACGAAACCAAGCACUUCAUCUACUUCUACCUCGGCCACUGCGCUAUCCUCUUGUUCAAGACUCAAUAG